AAUAAAAUAUUGAAAAUUGAAAGAACUACGCCAUUGUUUUCAAUUUCUAUGGUCCUAGUAAGUCCUGAUCUUGUCACUAAAUAUAUUUGGACAAACUUGCUUACAGUUAAUUCGUUAUUCAUAUAUUAUAGGAAUCGGGAGCAAGAAUACAGAUUUCCAUGUUCUAAAAAUAGAAUGACAUGAUUGAUACGGGUAUUUCCUGAAACAAGUUUAAAAGCUAAUCUAACAGUUUGCGGUUGAUAUCGUCAUACGUUUGAACUGAACCGCAUAUUAAAAAAAUGGGAAAGGAACUUCAGUUAUUUUUGAAAGGGCUGGAAGGUAAAACAACGAUCAUUCGCAUUGAUGAAGAUGCAAGUAUUGCUCAACUAAGAAGAAUGAUUCACGAGAAAACCUUAAUCAGCCUGGAGGAAAUGAGAGUGCUCUAUUGUAGCAAGGAACUCCGAGAUACUGACGAGAAUAGUAAGGAGCAAUUUCUGACGGACUACAGAAUUCAAGAUGAAGGGAAUCUGGUUCUAGUUCUCCGUUUACGUGGAGGGUCUGAUCAACAAGGACAAACCAAUGGAACUGACACAGGAACAGUAGAAAUUGUUGACUCGGAUACCAUGGAUACCACUGAAGACCUUUCCCCUCCUUUGAAAGUGUAUGGUUCUGAUGUUGAGCUGACCUCAGAACCCGAUAUGAUAACAUUUGAUGAUGACAAGGAUGGACUAAGGGCAAAGAUGCCAUGUGGUCAUGCAAUAGGCCCAGAAUCACUCACGGCUUACUGCAGGAGCUUACUCUCAAGUGGAAAAUUCGAGUUUAGAUGCCCACAUAUGGACCCAUCUUACUGUGGUCGAAUCUGGGAAUUCUACACGGUAAAUAAGUUAGCAGUACUAACAAAGGAAGAAAGAAAAGAAUUUGAGACACAAAUAGCGAUAAAUUUCCUGAGAAAAGCUGUUGGAAUUCAGGAAUGUCCUAAAUGCCAAUCAUACUGUGAGCGGAUGGAUCGGAAGGAUGUUCGCGUAAUCUGUCCUGUCUGUUCGAGAAAACCCGGUGGGAGAUUUGAAUUUUGUUGGUUCUGUCUUAGAAAAUGGUCAACGUCGGGCACUGCUGAAUGCGGAAACCUUAACUGUUCAGGAGAGGAUCCGAGAAAGAAAAUUUUGCGAGAGUGUCAAGAAAAAAAGGUUGUCGAGGUUAGUUGUCCUGCAGUAAGGGCUUGUCCAAAAUGUGGUUUAAUGAUUGAACACAGGGAAGCAUGCAAGCAAAUGGAGUGUCCAUGUGGACAGAAAUUUUGUUUUAUUUGCUUGAAAAUGGCAGAUGAAAGUGGACAAUACACAUGUGGAGCCUGGAACUUUAAAUGUGAAAAAGCACCAGUUCAGACUCAGCUUCCUUGAAUACCAAUGUGAUAAAUGUAUAUGCGAUACCGAUUCCAGUGAUAAAACAAUAAAAUGCAUAGUUUUAAUCUUUAUUUUCAUAUUGUUAAUUUUAUAGAGUUGCUUGUAUUUUUAAAGAUUGUUGUUAACUUUAAUUGUUUCUAAAAAAUGAAACCGUA